CACUAGUGCGGAACUAUUACCGGUUACGUCGAGCUCGAGCAUACUACUACCAGGUAGUGCCGCUUCUGCAAAGGUUAAGAACGGUGCUGCUUGAUUUAUAUAUAGGACGUCUCUAAAUAGGGAAUAAACUGUUCUAUUAUACAUUGAAGUCACUAGUAGUAUCUUCUCUCUAGUAUGAAUGUCAAAGGCGGCUCUAGUACCCCAGGGCUUCUAGAAUUGUACAACUCGUUCAGUAGUUCAUAAUAGAAGUGCAACUCGGGACGAUGGGAUAGAAAAGCUUAACUCAUACAGUAUGAAUUUGAAAGAGUGUCUCUACUACUUAGUACUAUAAUGUGAAAGACGAAUCUCCCUAGUAUGUUAACUGAGAAGUAGAGAAGAAUACUCAGUACCUCUUUGAGUCAAGGGAAAAACUAUUCGAACGGUGACUGGGGAUACACUGCUGGAGCUGUAAUAUCAUCCUGCCGGUAGACUAAAAGUACUACUCAGAAUGCGAAUGAGUGAAUGAGAUGCAGUUUUUUCUUCAUCUGUAACUGUAAACUAGAGGAUCGUCUGUCUGAUAGCCUUUACCUAGUCCUGUCACCUCUUUGCAUACGGCCACAUUCGUAAAUACAAAAGACAAAGUAGAGCAACCACUACUCGUCAAGCUGUUGAUAGAUUUUAAUCCUAUGAUAGAUAGAUGUUUGGGAGUACUAGAGGCACUUUUCAUGAUGUACGAGUCGCUCACUGUCACCCAACUACGAACUAGGACAUCAACUACAACCAAGUACAAGUACAAUUAGGCUACCGCUAACAAUGUUGACGAGGAUAGUACUUCUGGAAUUAUAGGAACAUGGGCGGGGAAGCUCGGAAUGGGGACGAAUCGAGAUACGACUACAACGCUGGACAUUGAGGAGGACGAUGGAACCAAGGAGGACGAAGGAACCAAACGAAAACUCAUAUCCUUACGAAUGAGAAUGUUGAUUUUUGUCACUUUUUUUAUGUGGAUGUUGGAGUACGCUGAUCUAAUAGAAGGAUAUAUUUAUAGGGUGGAUAUUACUCAGGUUGAAGAAUCUUUGAUGACUGGUGAUAGAAAGAUGGAAGAAAAGCACGCUUUUUUAGCUUCCCUAAGAGCCUGACCUAACUUAUCCUAAGACCUUAGCAAAAACACGUACUUAUAAGCACCUUCGCUUGCACCCCUGGACUGGGUUUACUACUACUGCUACCACUGCUACUACUCUUCGUUCAUAUGCGAAGCGGCGCGCUCUUGUCGCUUUAGGGUUGCUGUGCCUGCUCACGCUAGUUACCUAUGGUGGUCUUCUUUUCUUUGGUGUCCUCUACUUCCGGAC